AUGUAUUUCCUCUUUGACCCACUAUGCGGCAAGCUUGAGCAACCCAGCACUGUGGAAGUCCCUUCUAACAUUCCUGUGUCCCUGGAUGUCCAAGCAACUUCAGUAGGCUUCCCAAGCAUGCAGCAGACCCCUCGGAUGGCAGCCCGGGGAGGGCCCGAUAAAAAAGCCUUCAUCCGGGUCGGGGCGCUCAGAUCGCGCUGCGAGAGAGGGACGGAGUGGGAGAAGAGGGCGGUGGGCUUUGUUGUGGCUGCGAUUCGGAUGAUGGGAAAGCUCAAGGGCGCCUUGAUGCCCGUGGAUCCGAUCAGCAACGUUGGCUUGCUCUGCCAGGCUUGCGGCUUCCUGCUCAUCAACCCACAGCAGGCAGAAUGUGGGCACCGCUACUGCCUGGGCUGUGUGAAGAGGCUCUUCAGGGACACAGACAAGACGGUAUGUCAUACUUGUAGGAAAGGACUGAGCCCCAGACAGUUCCACAGUGACAAAGCUGCAGAGAAUGAUGCGCUUGCCACGGAAGUUGCUUGCCCAAAUUUUGACUGCACCUGGUCUGGAACUCUGAAAUCAUAUCAGGAGCACAUUUGCCCCCCUGUGGCUCACUUUGGAACAGCAAAGAAAUCUGCCUUUGCUCUUGGGGAUCAAGAAGCUGUUGAAGAAAAGAAGCUUCCCUGGAGCAACAACGAUACCAGCGUGAGUGAAUCUUCUUUGAACAUGGAAGCUGUCCUGUUGCGUGUGGAGUCCCUGGAGCUGAUGGUGACUUCCCUGAGGCGGCAGCUGAAUGGCCAGGUAGCUGCAGUGAAGUCUCUCCAGCGCUGCUGUUCCCAGUAUGAGAAGCAACUGAAAAUCUCCCAGGAAAUAUACAGGAGCUCCUGUGGAACCAAAGGGUCCGUGCCAACAUCAUCGGAGUUGAUAAGCACCGACGGAACGCUGGUGUGGAAAGUGGAGAACUUCUCCAAACUUCUGAGGGAGGCCACUUCUGGGAAGAAGCGGUCCAUCUACUCUCCAGUCUUUGCCACCCAUGCUUUUGGAUACCACCUCUGUGUCCGUAUGUACCCUGAUGGCGAUGGCAUUGGCAAAGGCAGCCACCUUUCACUCUUCCUUGCCGUAGCCAAGGGGCCCUAUGAUGACGUCUUGCCGUGGCCCUUCCAGCAGAAGGUCACCUUCACUCUCUUGGACCCCACACGAAAGAAGCCAGCCCUGAAAGAAACCUUCCUGCCCGAUCCGAACAGCACCUCCUUCCACCAGCCACGCGAGAGGCUCAAUGUCGCCAGUGGGAGCCCCCUCUUUGCCAGCAAAGCCCAGAUUCCCAGCUACCUAAAGGAUGAUGUGCUCUUCCUCAAGGUUGUAGUGGAUUUGGCAGGGAUGGACGUUUGAGAUCAGAAAUAAAUGGGGGAGAAUGAAUGGUUGUCCUUGGACCCAGACCUUUCCACAGUUCUGCAAUACCACUUCAAAUCCCCUUCCCCUUCUGCGUGUCCCCUCAAUUGUGUCCACUACAAUUCCCAUUCCUGUAUGAGUAUUCAGCUACCUCUUGGGAGAGUCUAAAUCUGCACGACCAUCUUUGUCCUGUGAAUUUAUGAAAUAUCAGCCCCUGCUGUACACUCGGGUAGAUCUUCUGAGCCUUACAGAAGCUCUAUGACUAUUGACACAUUUUGGAAAAUCUGCUUCUGCUAAAUGUGUAUAGAUCCUGGUGGUGGGUUUGGAUAGGCUUUUCAGUGUUCUAAGGUAUGUUGUACCUUUUGUGGUAUAGUGGUUAGAUUGUCAGGCUAGGACUUAGAAGACUUGGUUCAAAAAUCCCACUCAGCCAUGAAACUCAUUAGAUGACCUUGGGCUGGUUGCAUUCUUUUUUUCAGCCUAACCUACCUCAUAGGGUUGUUGUGAGGGCAAAAUCUAUCUGACCUACCCUGGACUGCUUGGAAGAAGGUCAGGAUAAAAAUGUACUGGUAGAUGUAUUUAUAUAGUUCCUGAUCCGCAGAAUUUAUUCCACCUCCAGAAUUGGGGUGUUCACAUCGUGCAGUGAUCUACCUAGCCAUUGGCUGAGAUACUCUGUGACAUCAUGGAAUGCUGACAAAUAUGCCAGCUGCUUUUGUGAAGACAGUAAUGCCUGAGUUUUGUUAGGGGGGAAUCCUCAUACAAGAUUUGUUUAUUUUAUUAUUUAUUUAUAUCCUACCUCUCAAUUCAAAAGAAUACCCAAGGCAGUUAGCAAAUAUGAAAUCCUAUUAAAGUGAUCAAAUAAUUAAUUAUUAACAAUUUUUUCCUGUGCAAAAGGUAGCAUCUCUGUGUUGAAGCUUCUUUUAAAAGGAUCUGUAGUCAACGGGUGGGGGUGAGUAGGUGGGAAAGCUCAGUCUAGAUGGCAAAAUCUUCCCAGACAAAGGCUGUGGUGACCGGAGGGGCCGCAGGCCAGUGGUAGAAGAGAAGUGGAAAAUCAAGAGCUGAGGAGGCUUGGGUCCUAAACAAGAAGUUGACCCAAACAGAUGGGGGUGGGGCUGAGAAAUGAGAUGGGUAGAUGUAGACACUGAGAGAUCUCUGUCUUUUGGUGCUACACCUCUGAAGAUGCCAGCCACAGCUGCUGGCGAAACGUCAGGAACUACAAUGCCAAGACCACAGCAAUACAGCCCGGAAAACCCCCAACAACCAUCGAGAUGGGUAGAAUUAGCAUGUCUGAUGUAAUAGGACCAGUGGACUGAGGGGUCUGGAUGGAUAGAAACCUGGGGAAAAGAGGAGUGACUGAGCAAGGGAUUAGAGAAAGAACCUUGUGUGGGGCCUAAGAAAAGAAAAGACUGAAUUGUUUCUGGGAAUUACAUAACCAGAUAAAGAAGCUUUGGAAUUUGUGAUCAGGGAUGUCCAAGAGACGGCUAAAUUCCACAUGCAUUGUAACCAAGUGCCCUGAUGUUUGAAUGUGGCCCUCAGGUGGCACAUAACUCCCAUCUCUCUUGCAUUCUCUGAACUGCAAGGGAUCAAAGCUGCAUGUACAGCUUUAAAAUAGGAAGAGUCAUUUCAGAGAGAAAUACAUAAAUAGGAAAAUCCCAUCCCUGCUAUCUCUUUGUGAGAAUUUCCAGUUUGUGUGUGUGUGUGUGUGCCUUUGUUGAUAUCAGUUCAAAUUGUGAUAUGUAUGUGUUUUCCUAUUACUCAGCAACAAUGUAUAGCUGAGCAUGACGACUUUUUGAAAUUUACAUUAUUAUUUGUUGAUCAUUUUUACAGCACUUUAAAAAAAAAACUGCACCGGGCUCCGCAAUCCUAAUUAUUAAGAAUUUCAAGUCCUCGGACGUGAUGACAAUUGUUGCUACCUCACAGUUCUAUUUAUUAUGCAAUAAUAUGACACAGUUAUUACGCAAAUUAUAAUAUUAAAAGUUAUUUAUGUGAA